GAAGAGAAACAGAACAAAUUUGAGGAAGUUUUUUGCUUUUCUGCUGUAACAGACUUCUCUUCUUUUUAAUUUACUGCCAUUUCAAGAUUUCAUAUCAUAUCAAGAACCAGUGAACACAGCUUCUAUCUCUACCAAAAGAAAAAAAAAAACAGUUGUUUAAAGAAAAUGAAACAAAAAAAAGUAGCUCACCCCACCCCUAUCCACACCACCCCUGUUUUGCUCAUUUUUGUAUAAUAAAGUUAGGCUAAAAGGCAUUUUUCUUGGGCUUUGUUCUGUUUCACUCUCACAUAAACAUAAACCUAAAUUGUUAAACACUCCCCAUUCUUGCCCUUUUUACUUUUUUUUCUCUUUUCAUUUCAAUCACAAAAUCUCAUCUUCUUCGUUGGGCAUUUUCCCCUUCCAAGAUUACAACUUUAUUGAUUAAUAUUAUCUAAUGUGAUAAUAUUCUCAAAUCGGAGAACAACAAGAACACAAAGUCAUUUGAAAUUUUUAGUUUUGGGUAUUCUGCAAAAAAUGUCUUCUACACCAGCUGAAUAUCCUUUACAGCAACAGCUACCACCGCCCAUGUUUAUGAGCCAACAAGCUUAUUCGGGUCGUCCGGGUCACGGGUCGGUUGGACCCGUAAUCGCUGUUCUUGCUGUUAUAGCUGUAUUGGGAGCCAUCGCUGUAAUGAUAGGCAGAUUGUGUUCGGGUCGGAAGAUAAUGGGUCGUGGUCAGUACGAUUUUGAAGGUUGGGUUGAGACCAAGUGCGCGUCUUGUAUUGAUGGCCGGGUCGACCCGAUACCACGACCGGUAACUAUGGCGCCGCCGCCGGUGGUGGUUGCUGAGAGCAGUAGCAACGGUAGUCCCGGCGGUUCUGCGCCGGUGUCGGUGCCGGAGCCGGUGGAAACGAGAGAGGAAGAAGCAUCAAAUCAACAAAGUAAUUUACAUGAGCAUCAUUCACAUGAAAGAACAGAGUCUUGAAAUGCUUUUUUUCUUUUUCUUUUUGAGCUUUUUGAAACAAAAAAUUGUGUUUAAUGUUUUAAUUAAUCUGAGUAUUUUCUAAUAGUGGAAUUUAUAAAUAUCGUAGCAAUUCUUUCUA